AUGACUGAAAAUCUAUUACGUGCUAUUGAGUUGCUUCCAACACAUAAUUAUAGUGAUGAAGAAUUAAAGGAACAACUUGGUUCUCUUGCAACUUUAUUAGCUGCUGAAUUACCAGAUGCUGUUCCAUUUGAGGAAAUAAAAGAUAAAGAAUCUAAUAGUGUCUCUCUAUUGACCUUGUUGGUUGUUGGUAAAGUUAUUGAACUUCCAUUUCGUUUGGCUGCUGUAAAUCACAUUACUGAAUUGAGUAGUAACAUUCCAUCACUUUUAUCUGAAAUGGAAACCUCUCUGAAAAAUGCUGUAACGAGGGAGGAAAUUUGUGAAGUUUGUAAUUCAGUGAGUGGUAAGGCAAAUGGUUGUCUCGAUGCACUUAGUCAAAUUUGGGAUAAAUUCCUUGAUAAUGGAUGUAAGAAAGCAGCUGAAUUACUUCCAGAAAAUCUUCAAACACCUGCCAAUACUAUACUAGAAUGGUUGAAACCAGCUAAAAAACAAGUUUCAUCCAAAGAUUGGAUUGAUAACUUGACUGAAAUAACUGAUAACACUAUUCAGGAAGGUGUUAAAAAAUUCAAAACUCAAUUACAAGAUGCUUUAGAUAAGCAAGUAUCCAAUUUUAUGAUAUUUUGCUUGCUUGAUUCAUGUACAACGACAGCUCAAUUGGCUGGCAAGUUAUAUAAUUACUAUAUUACUACUCCUAAACAAAUUGAAUAUAUUAAGAAGGAAUUUUCCAAAAUAAGAAAUCAUUUGGUAGAAGCUUGUUUACUAUUGGAAUCAUACUAUUCACAUCCAAUGUCAACUGAAACAAAGAUUAAGAAUCAUUUGGACAGAGCAGAAUCUCUCAUUUUCAAAGUGGAAGAAAUCAUUAAUGGAAAAUUAAACA